AUGGAGUCCUUGAAAAUAUUCGAUAAUUUCAAAUUUAGUGAAGUAAACGAAGACUGGAUUCAAUCCGUAUGGGAUGGAGAAUUUAUAAUUUAUAAUGAACCACCUGAUGAGUAUCUCACGUUUUUAGAGUGUGAAGACAUGAAAUUACUCUUAAACGAAUCUUGCAUUAUUGUGCGUGCUUUGUUAGCUGUAUUGGGUUAUAUAAUAAAGAAUGGUCAAAGCAAAGAAGCUGAUGAAGAGACAAGACAAUUAUGUUCAUAUGCAAGUAGUUUAUAUUUUGUGCUUUUGGCUAUUCCUGGUAGCAGUGCGUUCAACGUAUUUCAUCCUAAUUUAUAUCAACAAGCCAUAGAUACACUUAAAAUAGGCUCUGAGCAUUUACAGCCUCCUGUUAAGAAACGUAAUAAAUCAAUAAAUUUAGAUGAUCUAAAUAUCACUGAUGAAUUAGUAAAUGAAACUAUUAUUCUUUCACCUAAUGAAAAAGAAGUUCUUAUGCAAAAUUUGAAUAUUAUUGUUUGUAGCUUAAUUGUAAUGAUAAAAUCAUUCUGGUUUAAAGAUCAUGUACAAUCAUUAGAUAUUACAAUUCAUAGAUUAAUUGAAGUUACAAAGAUAGAGGAUGGUUACAUGACCAGUCAUUGUAAUAAACAAAUAGGUACUUUGAAUGUUUCUUUGCCUCAAAAUGCUUAUGCAGCUUUGAAAGAAUUAUGCAAUAAUAAACAUGGACCUGUUAAAAUAACUAUAACAUUCAUAGCAAAGUAUGUAUUACCACAUUUGAUAUAUAAUCAUAUGGAUGCACACGUAAAAAUUAUUGCAAACAUACGUGAACAUACUAUCAAUUUCUUAAAAGAUUUAUUGAAUGAAUAUGAAAAAGAAGCCAAAACUGCAAUUUUAAUAUUAAUACAACGCAUAAUGCUAUCAUGUCCAGACCGACUCGAAGCUAGACAAAAACAAGCUAAUGUGUUGCUAAAGCUUUUUGAAAUAUGCAACCAGAAUAUUGCACUAGAAGCCUUUAAGGAUUUAAUGUUAUUGUCAUGUCAUUCAAAAAUACCUUUUAGAUUAUUUGCUCAAGAAAUAAUUGGAAAAUUGUUACUUGAAUCUUUUUUAAUGAAUUGCAAUAUAAUGGAUAGCUUAAAAAUUAAAAUAAAAAGAGCAUUGUUUGCAAUUGUAUUGAAUAGAUGCAUGGAUUGUUCAAGUAUGGUAAGAGGAAAAGCCAUGGCUAUAAUCGCUGAGUUUACAGAAUCUGAUAAUAGAAAAGAUAAAGAAAUAUUUCUAACUAUAUUUAAAGAAUCAGAUGUAAAUAAACAGUUCUUCACAUUUCAUGAUAUAAAAGCUUCUCUAUUUGAAGAUAUUAACUUAUUACCAGGAUCAAAUAUAUUAAUAACUAUGCUCAGAGAUAGAGUAGAGGAUGAAAGAGCAAUGGUAAGACGAAGUACAUUGCAGAUUCUCAAAAAUUUGAUUUUAAUGUUUCCAUCUCUAAUACAUGAUAUUGUACCUGUAAUUAGUCUCAGAUGCAGAGAUUCAACAUUAAUAGUGCGUCGGUUUUCUGUACAAAUUCUAUCUCAACUUCUAAAACAAUUUCCAGACAAUUCUCAACUUCUACAUGAAUGGGUACAAACUGUUAUACCACAAAUAUUUGAUAUUGAAAUUAAAGUACAAGAAAAGGUGCUGGAUUACUUAGAAGAAUUAUUAUUAAACAAAAUACAACAUGUUUCUACAUAUACGGAUAAUAUUGCAAAUAAUUUACCAUGGAAAAUUUUAAAUUCUAUAACUAAUCUGAAAAUGAGAAAACAUUUAUCAAAAGCCUGUAGUAUAUGGGUUAAAAACAGUGUUAUCACCAGUUCUAUAAUAAAAAAUAUACAAUCUCAUAUUGGAACAAAUAAUAACAUAGAAGCUUGGAUCUUUUUGGUUGCAUUGGCUGAAAAUACCAAGUUACCAAAUAUGAAUAAAUACUUUUUAAAUUAUCAGGAGAUUUUUGCAGAAAAUAAUUUUUACACAAGUUUGGUUUUGCAAGUUUUAAGAUAUUCUUGGGAAUCUUUAGAUUAUAAAAUACUAGAACAUCUUCAUGUCUAUUUAUAUAAAUGCUUACAACAAUUUAAGAUUAAUUUUGGAUUAAUUAGCAUUUGUUUAGAUAUUAUACAUAAUAUAAUUCAUUAUUUAAAUCCUGAUAAAGAUAACUUGCUAGAAGCAAACAUGUUAGAUCUAAUAAAGAUUUCAGAGAUAGAAAUUGAAAAAAUUUUUAAAGGUGAAAACGAAGCUACAGAAGCAGCACCUAAUUAUUUAAAAGCCAUGUUUACAUUAGGACAUGCAACAAUUUUAUGUACUUACAAAAUUUCACCGUUGACAUUACGAAUUUUGCAAGGAAUGUUAUUGGAAUGGGAAGUACUGCCAGAAGUAAUAAAAGAAAUAGAAGAAUUGCAAGCUUCAGCUGUUGUUAUUCUUGGACAACAAGCAAUGAGAGAUCGUGAAAUUGCUAAAGAAGUAGUCAAAAUAUUUGGUAGAUUAAUGAAACAAGAAAUAAAUUUGAAUUCAAUUACUCAAAUUGCUGUAAAAAUAAAUGCUGCAAAAGCUUUAGCUGAUAUUUGUAUUAGAUUUACUGCUUUGGUUGAACCAUAUUUAUCAGAUAUGUGUGUAAGUAUGAAGGAUUCAACUCCACAAGUACGAGAGACUAUCUUGAUAAUAUUUAUCCAACUUCUUCUGGAAGAUUAUAUAAAAAUCAAGGGUCCUUUCUUUUUUCAUAUAUUAACAAUGUUGUCGGACUCGGAUGAUAUGAUACGUGAAUUAACAAUUUUUCUUAUAGAAGAACGACUUUUGACAAAGAAUAAAUCAUUAAUAUCACAACAAUUUCUACAGAGCAUAUAUCAUUAUAAUAAUUACCAAUCUCAACAUAAAGUUUAUCAUCAUAAAAUGUGUGAAAAAGAAAAGAAAGCUUUAACACUUCCUGGAAGAAGAAAUGAAAAUAAACGAAGAACAAUUUAUGAUUUCAUGUUGGAUCAUUUAGAUCCUCCAGGAAAAAUUAAAUUACUUGUAAAAGUAACUAGUCAAAUACUUGGUGGAACUUGUGUUGAUUUAAUCGACAUUAAAAAAGAAGAAGGAGCAUGUAUUUUAAAAGAUGCAUUGUAUAUAAUUAGUAACGAUCGCUUACGUCCAUCAUCUUUUAACAGACAAAGUGAUGAUGAUCAAGAGACCGAAGAAUGUACAGUUCAACCAAAUGGCUCAACUUCUAAUGCUAUUACUAUUAUUAUUGAAGGAAUUAAAAAACAUGGUUUAGAAAUUCUAUUACCUAUAUUAAUAAAACUUAGGAUAAAAUUAUCUAUCCUAAAAUCACCAUUAGAAAAUGUUGUAAAAAAAGUUCUGGUUAAAACAUAUUCUGAAUAUAACAAGGACCAACUACUAAAUAUAUUAAGCGAGUAUCCUAAACUGGAAAAAGAAGUGGAGCAGUUUAAAAAACAAAUGGAAGAUAUUAGAGUUGAUGAUGAGAAUUUUAUUGAAGAAGAAAACUCUACAUUAGAAAUUAAUAAUCAAAACGCGUCCAACAAAAAUUUAAAUCUAACAACGUGUAAUUUAUAUCCUAAAGUUGUAUUACAGCGACUUUCGAUUUCUCAGAUGUUAAAUUCUAGUAAUAUAUUAGUAAAUUCUCCUUCACCAAUCAGCGCUUUAGAUACAUCCAAUUCUCCAAUAUGUUCAAAUUCAACUUUAUAUUCACUUUUGCAACCUGGUCCUAGUAUAAGUACACCUACACGUUCUGAUCUUGAUUCUAAUAAUACUGUAAAUUAUGCUUCAAAAAUUAGAAGACUUUCUAGUCUUUUUCAAAGUGAAAAUGAAUUAUUUGACUGUGAAAUAAGAGAAAAAAGUAUUUCUCAGGUUCAAGAUGAUAGUGAGUCUGAUUAGGAUAAGUAAGAAAAAUUAUUUUUGUUUCUUUAUUUUUAUUUAUGUUGCAUUACGUAAAAAUGGAAAAAUUAUGCCUACCUCUUAAUUUUCGUUGAAUACGAAAUGACGUUUGUGAAAUAGUGUACGUUCGACUUUCCAAUUCUUUUUGUAUAUCUGAAAUAUGUAAAUUAUUAAUUUAUUGAUAUUGAGCACAACAUUUGGUAUUUUGUUCUUACCUUUAUUGGUGUAUGAUAAAAUAUUAUUAUGUAAAUCCUUUACAAUAGCUGUAUUGUCAGCAAUAAGUUGAAUUAAGUCUCGAACUUCUUCAACCUAUAUUAAUAUUAUUUGUAUGUCUAUUGAUAAUAUAAGGGUCUGUGAUAUUUAAAUGAUAACUUAAAUAUUCAUAUACAUUUAUAUAUACAUACUUGAUCUAAUACUUCCUUCAAUUUUUUAUUUUGGGAUAUUUGGAUGCGUACAUCUUGUAAAAAUCCUUUACCAAAUGUAGUGCAAUUAUUUUGGUACUAAAAAGAAAUAGUAGGAAACAUAUUAUAUCAAUUUUUUACCAGAGGACUAAUAAUAAAAGAUGAUAUGUAGAAAACCGAUGAAAAAUAUUAUAGUAACUUUUAUUAUUUAUGUAAUUAAUAAUAUAUUAUUACACUGUUCCAAAUUCUAAUGUCUAAAUUGUAAUGUAUAAUAUAACUGUUAAAAAAAUUUAUAGAAUGAUAAAACACUAACGGCACGUAACUCCGGCAUUCGAUCGCGGACCAUGAUAGUAUUGCUUGAGAAUCAGCGUGUAACUGAUAAUUGCGUGAAUUAAACACAUAAAAUAUGUUUUUUGUUAUCUCUCUUAUCAGUGCAGUAGAGAUAAUGGAUAAAAUCCAUUAUGCCGUUGACAUUAAUAUUUGUAAUUGAUCGUGUGCAAUUUACAAAAAAAAAAAAAAUAUGUAUAUGUAUGAUAUGAUUCGAUUCGCUUCACAGCUACACUGUAUUACUUAGAAGAUGUUUUGCAUCUGAAAUGAAAUAGGAAAUAGGCACUUAGCAUCUGGAUUACAAGGACAGCAUUGACAUGGAUUGUAAACCUUUGACUUGUUCUUUUAUAGAUUUUUUUUGUAUGUUAUAAUAAUACUAAUCCUUUUUUUCUUCUAAAACUGCAGUGCUUUCUUUUUUUAUAUAAAAAAUUUUGUUUAUAUCAAAAAGAAAUUAUUACUUAGUAAUUUCUAAUUAAAAGUUAUUAAAAAUAUAUUUCGAAUAAACUUUUUAUAUUUAUAUACAAU